AUGAGCGUUGCGUACGGCGUCGAAGUCGAGGCCACGGAGAUACCUGCUCCAGUCCGCCGCAUCAACAACGCCCUGCGCUCCAUGAACUUGACGCACGUGCAGACGGCGCUCUUCACGACGCAUUUGGAUGCCGGUGUCAAGGUAUGCAAUGCGACCAAGUCCGACUGGAAUCGGUUCGUCAACUCAGAGUACCAAGAGCUCAUGUCCCGAUCUAUGAUGUGGCGAGAUGGCGCUAUCUACAUCGUCGAACUACCAGGAGGGACCCAUGAACACAUGAACCGUAACGUAGUAGUGGCGAUCAUGGCCGCAAGUGGAACCUCCAACGUGCACCUCAAACCAUACGGAGCGACGUUUGUCGAUGCCCUAGAACAUAUUGAACCAGACGAGAGCUUUGGGCCGGCCCCAAAUAUCGGCGCAGUCUGUCCUGCAAACCUCGCCUGGAAUGAGUUCCAUACGCUGAAGAUCGAGGUCGGUGUCUCUCGCGGCUGGGCGCUUUUGGAUCCUAAAGCCAUUCACUGGGCAACAUUCCCUGGCGUCGCGUACAUCUUGUGCAUCCGCAUCUCGCCACACUUUCGAGUCCGCGCGGAGGCGGUGCCGUCGUUGGGCGUGGUAGGUGGUUAA